AUGUCGACUAUUAGGUGGAUUCAUAGGAGAAACAAAAAUUGCGAAAAGAAAAUAAUUUCUUUAAAUGAUUUAAAAGACAUAUAUUCUGUAGAUAAUGUAAAAGAAAAAAAUGGAAAAAAUUCUAAAAGUGUGUACAAAAAAAAAAUAUAUGAAAAAGAAAAAUCAAUUAAAGAAAAAGAUAAAAAAAGUUUUAGUAAAUUUUCUGACACAAAAACAAGAUCAGAAAUGAAUUUAAAAAAUGAUGGUAUAGAAAAAAAUAUAACUAUAUAUUUAAAUAAAAAAAAGAUUAAUGAGAAAAAUGGAAAAGAAAAUAGAAGAAAUUAUAGCUCAGAAGUAUAUAGUAGAAUUAUAAAAGAAGAUAUCGAAGAAAAUAAAUUAAACAAUUAUAUUAUUUUAAAUAACCAAAAUGAAGAGAAAGAAAAUAAAAACUUGAAUAUCAAUUUAGAUAUUAACAUUCAGUGGGACAAGAAUGGUAAUUAUGAGAAGAAUAAAGGUAAUAAUAAUGAUAAAAAUUUUUUGAAAAAUAAUAUAAACAUGAAAGAUUUAGAAGAUAAAAUGAAAAAUAAAUAUGUUAAUUUAUAUAACAAAAAUAAUUUUAUUGGAAUUUCUUAUUUAAGUGAUUCUUUCGUUCAACAUGAUGAAAAAAAUAUUCACAAUAGCAAAGAGAAAGAACAAAUUUAUAAGGAAUUCAACUGUGAUAGAGAAAAAAAAAAUAUUUAUUUUAAUAAAGGUAAGUUGAUAUAUAAUUGUAACGAAAAAGAAAAGAAAAGUUAUUAUUGCAAUACAGCAGAAAAUAGAGGUUGUCAUUAUGAUGAAGAAAUAUACAAUUAUGAAGAAAAGUAUAAUAAUUACGAUGAAAAAAAGUUAAAGCAUUGUGAUGAAAAAAGACAAUAUAUUCAUUAUGGUGAAGAUGAUUACCAAUAUGAUAAAAAAAAAAAAUAUAAUCAUUAUGAUGAAGAAAAAUAUAAUCAUUAUAAUGAAGAAAAAUAUAAUCGUUAUAUUGAAAAAAAAUAUAAUCAUUAUAAUGAGGAAAAAUUAAAUCAUUAUAACAAAGAAAGUAAAUAUGACGUUUACGAUGCAGAAAAAAAAUAUAAUUAUUAUGAUAAAAACAAAAAAUAUAAUUAUUGUGAUGAAGAAAAAAAAUAUAAUUAUUACGAUGAAGAUAAAAAAUAUAAUUAUUGUGAUGAAGAAAAUAAAUCUUAUAAUAAUGAUAUAAGAAAAACAAAUAAAGACGAACACAACAAAUAUUAUAAUAAUCAUAAUAGUGACGAGAAUAAAUAUUAUAAUACUUACUGUACAGACAAAGAGAAUAAGUAUUACAACGUUCCUGGACAGAUAGAAAAAAAAUAUUAUAAUAAAGAAAAUAAAAAAUAUUGUAAUAUAGAAAAAGAAAAAAAAUUUUAUAAGGAUACAAGAAAACAGUAUAAUGAUUAUGAAGAAAAAAGAGUUUAUAGCCAUAAAGAGUUAGAAAAUUUUUCUUAUAAAUAUGAAGUAAAUAAAAUAGAUAAUUCUAUUAAAAAAGAAAAGAAUCAUACAAGCAUUGAAGAUAAUUUAAAAAAUAACUUUUCUAAGUUUUCUAAUAAUUCUUCCUCUGAUUAUAUAAAAAAAAAAAACUACACAAAUAUUUUAAACGACAAUCAAAAUAUACACAAUACUUUAAAACGUUCUAAUAAAUAUUUAACAAGUUAUAAAAAAAUGGAUACAAUUAUUUUAUCAACUAAUUCAUUAAAUCAACUUUUUUUGCAUAAAGUUAAUACUUAUUUUGUUUUUUUUAAAAACUCUUUUUUAAAAAAUAAUAGACCAAUUUUUAAAAAAUAUAAUAAAGUAUGGGAGAAGGUUAUACCAAUUUUUAAAAAUAAAGAAAAUUUAUUGGCUAUGAAUAAUAUAGAAGAGAAUUAUAAAUUGGAUUUUAAUAAAGAAAAAAAGUUUUUAUCUGUACAAGAAAUUUUAAAAAACAAUAAGGAUUAUAACAAAGAGGAAAAUAUAUUAUUAAAUAAUCUAGAUAAAGAAAAAAUAAAAAUGGAACAACCUUAUUCGAAUAUUUUGAAUAAAGAGGAAAAUGAAGCAAAAAUAUUAAAUCCAAAUAUUUUUGAUAAAAAAGAACAAACGAAGGAUAAAAAAAUGAUACAUAAAGAUUUCAACUUUACGAAAAAUUUAUAUAAAAAUAAAGUAUUAAAUAAUACAUUAAUUGAUAGUUUUAAUGAUGUGGAUUUAAAUGACAAAAAAAGAAAAAAAAAAUAUUUGAAGUUUUUUGUUAUUUUACUGUCUUUGUUUUUAAAAAAAUAUAUGUAUAAGCAAUUUUCAAAAUUCUUUUUAAUUAUAGGAUUAUUAAGUAGAAAACAUGUAGAAAAAAGAGAAUUAAGAAAGUAUAUCAAUAUCAAAAUUUAUUCUUUAUCUUUAUUAGAAACAAUUUUAAAUAAAAAAAAAAAAGAAAUAUCUAUGCAAUUUUUUAAUGAACUAAAAAAAAAGAGCAUAAAUUUGAAAAAAGUUAAGGAAGAUGAAGAAAAUGAUAAGUUGAAUUUUUUUAAAAUUUUAAAAACGAAAAAAUAUAAAUCAAAAAAUUUUUUUAAUAAUUUUUGUUUUGGAAAACCUAAAUUAUAUGGUACUGACGAUUUUACUAUAUUUUAUAAAAACAAGAUAUUAAAAGAAAAAGAUGAAAUAUUUCAAAAAUGUCUACUGAGAUCAAAAUCAGAUUCCUUGUUAGAUUUUUUAAAAUGUUCUAGAAUAAAUAAAUUUUCGAAGAAUUUUUCAAAGAAUUUUUCAGACAGAAUCAAUGAUGAUAUAAAAAACUCUACAUUACUUGAACGUUUUUACACAGCUACCUACAAUUUAAAUCCUAACAAUUUAAAUAAGAAUAUAUAUAAAAGUAAAUUUCAUCUAUCUUACUAUGAGAAUAUAAAUGAUACCAAUUUUAAAUAUACUAAUGUUCAAAAUAGAGAUAGUAAUAAUAAUACAAAUAAAAAAAAGGAAAUUUAUACACAUUUCAAAAAGAAAGAUUAUGAAACUACAUCAAAUAAUAUAAGCUCAAAUAGUCUCUUGGCUAGCACAAGCGAAUAUUACGUAGAUGAAAGUACGCAAAUAAAUAGUUUCAAAGAUAUAGAUAAAAAGAUAGAAAACUCAAGUGAUGAAGAUAUAAAUAACAAGAACUGCAGGAUAUUUUUUAAAAAUAUUAAAAAAAAGUUAAAAAUAAACUACAAAAAAACAGUAGACAUUAAUAGGAAAGACGAAGACUUAAGUUUAAGUGAUUUAAAUAGUACUGUAGAUUUUUCAAAAAGUAAUAAGGCACAUUUAUUUGAUAAUAGUCUAAUAAAUCUUAAUGAUAAUUCCGUUACUAAUUUGAAUUUUCUAACAAGUUCAGAUUUAAGUUUAAUAAAUAAUUUUCCUGGAAAUUUUUCAAAAUAA